CAGCUGAUCGGUGAUCAGCCGCAGCACACAACGUCCUGCCGCUCACUGCGCUGACCGGACGGUGCCACCGGCCCCGCGGAUCUGCCUCCUCCAGCGCGGGACACUGGCCCUUUAAGACGCAUAAAGAGGACGACGGCUCCGGGCGCAUCGGUGCCGCGCUUUACAUUUCACCAGUUAUCUAUUUACACGUCUGCUUCUGUGGUAACACACCACUAGUGUAUAUACGGUAGAAAGGGGUUUAUUCAUAUGAGGUGUAUAUGUGGACAUUUUUAGACCCCGGGAGGAGAAAUGUGACGCCGUGCGCCGCCGCUUUGCUCUCUGGUGCGUAAUUGAUUCGUGUGGACAAUUCUGAGCUGCAGCACAAAUUCUGCUGCAGUGUCCUCCACUAAGCCCUUCUCUAACGGAGGGGAAGGCUGCUGGUUUUGGACGUCCUACGUUUGUGUCGUUCCGUGACAUCCUGUGCACCAGGCAGGCAGUGAGCGCUCCCUCGCCUCGUCCCCAUCACUUAAAUGACAAUGGAAGACAAACGCAAGAAGCGCAGCCCAAAGGUGUCCCUCCCGCAGCCCCCUCCUCCCCCCAUCAACCCCCGCAAACUCACCGUCCUGCCCGCCAGCAAGAGUGCCACCUUCUCUCUCGGCCUACCGCAGCCUCCCUCCCCCAAGAACAGAGGCAAGUACAAGAGGUCCAUAGGUGCUCCGGGACAGCCCAGGGAGGUGUUCGCAGCCGUCGUCGUAGCUCCACCAAAGACCACCAGGCCCCACAAAGAGAAGCCCAGGGCCCCCCAGCCGGCAGGGCCCAGUAAAGUAGUCCAGUCUUCCCCCCUGCAGCACUCCUUCCUCACAGACGUCUCAGACGUGCGAGAGAUGGAGGGAGGGCUCCUCAACCUCCUCAACGACUUCCACUCAGGGAAACUGCAGGCCUUCGGCAAGGUGUGCUCCUUCGAGCAGCUGGAGCAUGUGCGCGAGAUGCAGGAGAAGCUGGCGCGAUUGCACUUCAGCCUCGACAGCCACGUGGAGGAGCUUUCAGAGGACCAGAGGAAGUGCGCCUCCGACCACAACCUGGAACACCUGCUCAGUAACCUGGAGGAGCUGAGCACCUCGAUGUAUCCUUUCCCCAAUUCAAUGUGUUUAUUUAUGGGAGUCACUCCGGGGCACAGACGCUGGAUUUAAAUCAUAUUUUUGGUUCAGCCCCUUUGUGUGAAUCCUUGAUGUGGCUGUGUGCAGACAAAAGCUCCACUUGGCUGAGAACCAGGACCUGCCCAAGACAUCUGGCCCCUGACAAAGUGAGGUGUGGAGGGCGGCAAGCGGCGGCAACACUCAUCUUCUCCCAACAUCUAAACCAGGCCAGGUUGCCAUGACAUUGAUCCAGCUGCCUUAGUAACCGGAUGGAAAGAUCCACUGGAUGAGGAGGAGACAUUUUUCCCCCCAUUUUGGUCAGUGAAUCCAAGGGGAUGAUACAGUAGCUUAAAGCAGCAGAGCAUUAAAUGAACAUUCAACCAAAACCAUAAACCCCUUAAUCAUGAAAUCAGAGGGUGAGUUUAACCGCUGCCGGAGAAGAAAACACUUUGUGUUCCAGUUUUGAACCUCUUUGUGUCAUCAACUAACUUGGCUUCAGUUAGUAGUUACAUCAUUUGGUAACAAAUAACUGAAUCCAAGUGAGUGAACUUGUUGCUUCUGUUUUCCAUCAAAAAAAGCACAUUUAAUGAGAGUUUGACACUUUAUAUUGCAUUACUUUAUUUCAUAUUAUGCAUGGGGUUUUUGCAUAACUUUAGAUGGCACAUGUCUCCGUCAGCAGAGCUGUGAAAUGUGAGCCAAACUUGCGCAUCGAGUAGCAAAUGUUUGGCCCUUGUUGACAACACCACUGUGGUUAACGCAGAAGUUUAUAGCAAGUUUUCACCUUUUGCUAUUACCCUGAAUGCGCUCACAUUGUUUUAUAUUUUUGCUAAAUUUAAUACUGACUGAAUUUGAUAAUAAAUGGGUGAUGCUUUCUUAAAAAAGGUGCAUUUUAACAGUUAAAAAGGGAACUCUG